CCAUCCCCGGCCCGGCCAUCCUCAACUCCGAGCGCGGGCGCCGCCGCCACCGCCACCGCCGCCGCCGCCGUCCUAUCUCCCACCCGCGCACGCCGCCGCCGUUCGCUGCCUCUUGUGUGCCCGGUCUUCCCUCGCCUUCAGUGGGGAGUAGUACAAGCAGCCUUGACUCAGUCCGCAGGGGCAAUGGAGGGGAAAGAAGAGGACAGACGGCGCGCCGGCGGCGGCGGCGGCGGAAGCUCGACGGCGGGGAUGAAUUUGAAGAACCUGGUGUCGAGGGAGUACUACGGCCACAAGAAGAAGGUGCACUCUGUAGCAUGGAACUGCCUAGGUGCGAAGCUUGCUUCAGGCUCUAUUGAUCACACUGCACGUGUAUGGAGUAUUGAUCCCCACGGCCAUUCGAAAGUUAAAGAUACUGAAUUGAAAGGCCACACAGAUUCUGUAGAUCAGCUCUGCUGGGAUCCAAAGCAUCCUGAUACACUAGCUACAGCAGCUGCUGACAAGUCAAUUCGUCUCUGGGAUGCACGGAGUGGAAAAUGUCAAGUUGUCGAACUUAGUGGAGAAAACAUCAACAUCACCUAUAAACAUGGUGGUACUCACAUAGCUGUUGGAAACAAGGAGGAUGAGUUGACAAUAGUGGAUGUUCGGAAGCCAAAAGCUCUUCACAAAUUUAAGUUUAAUUAUGAGAUCAAUGAGAUUGCAUGGAACAAAACUGGAGAUUUAUUCUUCAUCACUACUGGACUCGGAAAUGUUGAGGUGUUUGGUGAUCCUUCUCUUGAUGAUACCCUUCAUGUGGUUGGGAAAUUGAAUGCUCAUACAGCAGGUUGCUAUUGCAUUGGAAUGGAUCCCCUUGAUAGGUAUUUUGCUGUUGGAAGUGCAGAUUCGCUUGUCAGUCUUUGGGAUGUCAAAGAGCUGCUAUGCAUUAAAACCUUUAGUAAACUCGAGUGGCCUGUAAGAACAGUUAGCUUCAAUCAUACUGGAGAAUUUAUUGCAUAUGCUAGUGAAGACCCCUUCAUUGACAUUGCCAAUGUUCAAACUGGACGAUCGAUUCAUCAGAUUCCAUGUAAGGCAGCUAUGAAUAGCGUUGAGUGGAACCCCAAGUACAACCUCCUGGCUUAUGCAGGAGAUGACAAGAACAAGUAUCAGGCUGAUGAAGGUGUUUUCCGAAUAUUUGGCUUCGAAAGCACGUAAUUGAUGCUUAGCAGAUUACAUUUGCCAAGUCUUCCUUCUAGAUUGACUUCUGAAUUUGACCUGAACACUUUGACACAAGUUUGGCCUUCUAAUGUAAUUUAAAUGUUAUUAAUCUCAUAGCCUCUUAAACUGAACACUUGUUGUAAUGUACUUUGUGACUCAUGACCCAUAUUUUUGUUAGAGAAAUUUGAGAAACACCAUGUGUUCUUCAGGUAUUGCAAUUGUGGCACCGAAUCUCAGUAUUUUUUUUUUAGAACAAAUUGUCCAUACCAUCAGACCUAUGAGUUCCCUUCCAUUGGUAGACUGUUGACA